AGAAAGGGACGAGUUGCAACCGCUAGCUAGCCAGGAUAAACAGGUUAGGUUCAAUCUUGAUUGACCCAUUUACUAACUUGAUCGACCCGAUGGAUAGAUAAAUUGAUGAAAAGAGGUGGAUCGGAAGAGGAAGAAGCGAAGAUGGCAGGCAGACUCAGCAGUGCGGCCAGCCGGAUCAUGGGAGGCGGCGGUGUGGUCGGGAGGUCCCUCCCCUCCGCCUUCCGUACCCGCGCCGGCAUGGGCCUUCCCGUCGGCAAGCACAUCGUCCCCGACAAGCCUCUUCCUGCGCACGAUGAACUAAUUUGGGACAAUGGCACUCCCUACCCCGAACCUUGCGUUGACCGCCUUGCCCCUACUAUCGGAAAGUAUGAGGCGCUGGCUUGGCUUUGUGGAGGCCUGAGUUUCUUCGCGUCCAUCGGGCUGCUGGCGGUGUGGAAUGACAAGGCUUCCAAGAUACCAUUUGCCCCCAAAGUCUAUCCUUAUGAUGACCUUCGAGUGGAGCUUGGUGGAGAGCCUUGAUGCUCUUUGCUGCAUUUUACAAGUCAUAUGACUAUCUUAGUUUGUGGAUUUUAUUUGUUUCUAAUAAAAUGGAAAGAAAUGGUGAAUAUCUUAAUCUUGGAUUGAUUUUAUGGGCACUCCAGUGCCAUAGUACUUGAA